ACUCUAACAGAGAACAAAAGAAACCCUUGCGGCUGCUCUGUUGGAAAUAGAGCGCUACAUAUAUCAACUUGGGAUCAAGUAGCGUUGCAAAUAAUCGAACAACGGAAUCCAUCUACGGUUUUGACCGUACCUCUCUCAGGAUAAUAGUUUUUCACCAUUCACCAAACUAAAACCAUGCCCCCAGAUGCCUUUCUUUGUGAUUCAAUAUUUUACCUUAUCCCUCUUCUCUAUUGGGUCAGCUUCGCCGAAAGAUGAAGUGACGUGCUUUCUGUUGUUUUUUCAAAGGAAGGAGGCGGUGGCUGGUGGUGUUGGUUGUGGUGGAGGUGGUUUUGCUGAUCAGUUGUGGUUGAGGGUAGGAAAGAAAAAAGGUGAAAAUGAGUUCAGACAGCCGCAGCAGGAGCCGGAGCAGAAGCAGGAGCCCAAUGGACCGUAAGAUCCGAUCUGAUCGAUUUUCCUACCGUGAUGCACCUUACAGGAGAGAUUCACGUCGGGGUUUCAGCCGAGACAAUCUGUGCAAGAACUGCAAGAGGCCUGGUCAUUAUGCAAGGGAAUGCCCUAAUGUUGCAAUCUGCCACAACUGUGGCCUCCCUGGGCACAUUGCUUCUGAAUGUACCACAAAGUCACUCUGCUGGAACUGUAAAGAACCUGGUCACAUGGCCAGUAAUUGUCCAAAUGAGGGAAUUUGCCAUACCUGUGGUAAAGCUGGACACCGUGCUAGGGAAUGCACCGCUCCUCCAAUGCCUCCAGGAGACUUAAGGUUGUGCAACAACUGUUAUAAGCAGGGCCACAUAGCAGCUGAAUGUACGAAUGAGAAGGCAUGCAACAACUGUAGGAAGACAGGCCACUUGGCACGUGAUUGUCCUAACGAUCCUAUUUGUAACUUGUGCAAUGUUUCUGGGCAUGUGGCUAGGCAGUGUCCAAAAGCCAAUGUUAUUGGAGAUCGCAGUGGUGGUGGCGGAGGCGGAGGCGGUGGAGCUCGUGGUGGUGGUGGUGGUUACCGAGAUGUUAUUUGCAGGAACUGUCAGCAAUUAGGUCACAUGAGUAGGGAUUGCAUGGGCCCCUUGAUGAUUUGCCACAAUUGUGGAGGUCGUGGUCACCUGGCAUAUGAGUGCCCUUCAGGUCGGUUUAUGGAUCGCUACCCCAGGAGGUAUUGAUGGAUGGAAAUUUAUGCGUUCAGUAAUAUGGAUGUUUUUUCUAUGAUUUUCUUGCCAAAGACAGAUUCAUGAGUCCUGGUAGAGUAUGUGUUUGGCUUUUUAUUAUUUUUAAUUUGCUAGAGAGACAUGAGAAUGAUGCCAAUUUAUCGGCCAUUUAUAGUUUAUGAUAUCGUGCUUGUGCUAGGAAUAAGAAUUUGCUACUUCUGGAAGACCUGGUAUUGUAUUUAUUCAGAGUUACCUCAUGACGUUUCUUUUCUUUGUCUA